GUCAGUCAGUCAGUCAGUAAGCAGCUAUUUCCAGCUCAGGUAAAGAGGAGUCCUCCAGCUCUGAAGUCUUGAAUCUGAGGAGAACCUAAACCCAGUAUCCCUGUUCUGGCUGACAGACCAACAACAGCACAAGAAACGGUGGUCUAAAGAUCCUUUCUGCAUCUGACAACACAGCUCUCUACAACCAGACUGGCAGAAAGUAAAUGUGUCACCCACGCUGAAUCAUAAGUCUUUUUAGGGUCUACUCAUUGGCAAAACUUUUCCUUAGACUAUGGAUCCAAGCAAACAACUGGGUUCUCUCAGAGUGGGAAGUGUGGAAGACAAAGAUCUUACAUCAGAGAUCAAGAGGCAUUCCUGUAGACUCACAAUCGACACAAAAUCAGUGAGCAGGAAACUCGAACUGUCUAACGGAAACAAGAAGGUGGCCUAUGUGGGGGGACAUAACCUACAUCGUUUCCAUAGACACGGAUUUCAUUCUCCUCAGCUGCUGUGUAUAAACGGUCUGACUGAUCGACAUUACUGGGAGGUCGAGUGGAGUGGAGAUGUUUACAUAGCAGUCAGUUACAGUGGAAUCAGUAGGAAAGGAAUAACUGGCAACAAUGAGUUUGGAUCAAAUUCUCAGUCCUGGGCACUUGUAGUAAAAACGGGUUCAUCCUCUGUCAUUGCAAAGCACGAUAACACAGAAACACCCAUCGUCUCCCACAACAGAUUUAACAGAGUAGCAGUGUAUGUGGAUUAUGCUGCUGGCAUUCUGUCCUUUUUCAGUGUUUCCUCUGACACUCUGAUCCACUUCCACACAUUCAAAACCAGAUUCACUGAUCCUCUUUAUCCCGGAUUUGCAGUCUUCCCUGGUUCCACAGUGAUUCUGCCCUGAGUUUAAUCUAAAGAGUUUUGUUCUGUUAGAGAAACGAUGACUGUUGAACAAAUAGUUCAGUGUAUAUAUAUAUGUAUAUGUAUAUAUAUAUUUAAAUAUAUUUACAAUAUUAUAGUUUAAUCUUCAUGAAGAGAAUCAACAAACCUCUGAGGUUUGUAGUGGUAGUAUUUCUUUUACUGUAUGUCAGCAGUUGGAUUGUUAUUUGCUGUUCGUUAUGUAUGUUGGUGACUGUAAAUUACAGUGCAUUGCCUUGUCACAACAUGUGCUAAACAGAAGCCAUGGUUUAUGGCUUGUCAAGCUAGCAAAGUAUGAGUACUCAAAAAAAAGUCAGUCAUCACUUUCCCUUUUCAAGAGAUUUUCAGAGAAUGUGGCAGAGCAUCCAAACCAUACAAGGCCCCAGCACGUAUGGGCAUUAUUGAGGCCUCUCUACCAGGCGCACUUGUCAUUGUGUUAACUGCGUGUGUUGUGUUGUUUUUGUGUUACUGGAACUAAUUAUCAUUAAAGUGGAGUUAUAUUUAUAAUAUACCUGCUUGCAUGUGGUUUAUUUCCAUAUACUCUAUUUUAAUGAACAUUUUAUAUCACAAGCAUCAUAAAGUGAGUGUCAGUAGUAAGUAACACCCUAUCAAUAGAAUUUUGAAGUGUGUGUUUAAUACAUAUACACUCUUCAUAUUGCCGACUUCCUUGACUCACACACUGCCACACUUAGCAUAGAGCA